CUGCCCGCCGCGCCCCGGCUGUCCGGCGCCCAGGCCGCUGGGGACGCGCCUGCCCCCGCCCUGCCCCCGCCAUGGGCGGGUAGCGGGACCCGCCUCGCCUCAGCCCUGCGGAGCCCCCCCGCCCUCCGCGCCAUGGGGUCCCCGGCGGGAGCCUCGGCGGCCGCGGCCACCGACUCGGCGCAGUGGCUGUCGGUGAAGGAGGAGACCAUCUUCCUGCACGACGGGCUGAUCCGGGUCACCGACCUGGCCGAGCUGCCCAGCGAGAUCAUUGGGGUGGCCGAGCCCGGAGACACCGAGCUGGAGAUCCUGUCGUUCGAGACCAAGAACCCUUCGGAGCUGGCCGAGCGCUUACGGUCCGUGUGUGGGAACCAGAGCAACGCCUAUGCCCGGCUGCUGGAAUACCGGCUGAACGCCCUCAGGGGGCUCUGGAACGCCCAGCGCCAGCUGGCCCUGGAGGAGCAGCACGACCGGGAGAGCUCCGGGGACGAGGAGGCCCUGGCCCUGCUCAAGCGCCAGGGGCUGUUACAGCAGCCGGAGCAGGCGCCGUUCACCUCCCGCAUGGGGCUGCUCCUGGUGUUCCCCCUCAUCCAGUCCCAGAGUAGAACGGACCCUUCCCUGUGUAACAUCACUGCUGAGGUGCUGCUGAACUGCCUUCGGGACUGCCAGCCCUUGAGCCUCACCAAGGAACCCGCCGACUGCCUCAACGGCAUCGAGGCCCUGCUCUGCUCCUGGCUGGAGGACACGUCGCCCUCCGGCCAGCACAUCCCCUACAAGCAGAAGGAAAAUGCUGCUGCUGCCCUAGUUGCCUUGGCUUGUGCAAGAGGGUCGCUGAAAACCUUUGUUCAUACAGUGCAUCUAUUACAGAAACAGACUGAGCUGGGGUCCCUGCCUGUGGCUGAUGUUCUCUACAGGUUGUUGCUUUUGGAGGGAGGCCCUGGAUCACCCUCCUGUUUGCUUGGAGGAAAGCACAUCGUGUCCUGGGGCUUUGAAGACAUGUUACCUGCCCCUGAUGCCAACACUGGCUCCAGCAGCGAAAAUAAAGAUGCAGAUUUAGGAAGGUGUCUUGCAGCAGAUGGGCUCUAUCUUUACACAACUAAUUCCGUGGGCAGAGGAAUAAGCAAGUUGGGGUCUGGACUCCACGGUACUUUGAGGGGUUUUGUGUACUGCAGGAACGAGGAGCUCGAGACGGGCUGGGUUGCCUUUGGGAAUGGGAAACUUCUCCAUCGCCCCGUGUCUUUUGAUAAUAAACCUCACUACCUUUUCCAGGUGGUGGAUCAACAUACCCUUCAGGUAUGUCAGAUAAUCCCAAUGCCAGUAAAUCACUUCCCAGUGGGCAGUACCAUGACCACGGUGCAUCUUUCUUCAGAUGGCACAUAUUUCUACUGGAUUUGGUCUCCUGCAAGUCUUAACGAGAAAACACCAAAAGGCCACUCUGUCUUCAUGGAUAUUUUUGAAAUUAUAGUAGAAAAUGGCCUAUGUAUAGCAAAUCCUCUGCAGGAAAGAAUUAUAUUGAUGAGGAAAGAGGGUGAAUCUGCCAAGAGCAUCAAUGAGAUGCUGCUGAGCCGCCUGUCCCGGUACAGGGCCUCCCCUUCAGCAACCCUGGCUGCUCUCACAGGCUCCACCAUCUCCAACACACUCAAGGAGGACCAAGCAGCUGCCAACACCAGCUGUGGGCUGCCCCUGAAGAUGCUGAGGAAGACCCCCAUCUACACCUGUGGGACGUACCUGGUGAUGCUGGUCCCACCCCCGGGGGGGUCGGGCAGCUCCGCCACCCGCUCUCUCUUCGGAGGAACAAGUGCUUUGUCAUCCUUAAAAAUUCUUGCCUCCAGCCUGGUGUUCAACAUCUCGGACGGGCAGUUCACCAGCAGAGCAGAUCUCAUCGAUGCUGCAGGGAGUUCCCUUGGACGUGGUGCUCUAGUUCCAGGACUUGGUGCUUGUUAUGAUACAAUGAAUAACAUGAUCUGGACGUGCUCCAAUGAUUACAUUGAUCAGUGGUGCAAUCCUGGGAACCAGGCAUUCCACUGUGUGUGCCAGAGGCUGGGAGUGAGUCACGUCAUCACAGAGCCCAAAGGGGAUGCAACAACCACAAACGAGGUUAUCAACCAGUUACUGCACCAUGUUGGUGCCAUGUGUAUCCAUCAACUCAACCUCCUGGCAGCCAGCAACAACCUUCCCAUCACCAAUUUUUUGGGCAAGCAGCAUCCAAUUGAAGCCCAUCACCUCAGCAGCAUCUGUGACAUUAUGGAGAAGGCCAUGGUGAAUGGAGACACCUGCAUCAUCCGCUGCAUCCUCGUGGUCUUUCAGGUGGUUUUUAAGUUUUUCUUCAGCCCCCAAACUGAAAGGAACAGAGACAUUGUCAGAAGGUCUGGCCUUUUGCUUUGGCAGUUACUGAUGGCCCCAAGGGACCAGAUUUGCUCUGAAAUUCAGAAGGAGGUUUGUCUGGCUAUUAGCUCUGGUUUAAAUAUCCUGUAUCCUGGUGAAGCAGAAAUCAAUAAUUUAUUGAAAUUGGUCUUAACUGAAGGGGAGAGGAACAGUGGGCUGUCUCAGCUGCGUGAUGUUAUCCUGACUAAUUUAGCUGAGCAGCUUCAGAACAACAGAUUUGGGAGUGAAGAUGAUGAUCAUUAUAGACUAAAUGAUGAGCUGUUGCACUACAUUCUCAAGAUUGUUGUCCGAGAAUCUUGUGUCUUAAUCACCAAGUGCCAAACUGUAUCUAAAGAUGAUUUUCAAAGGCUUCUUUCAACUGUGCCUGCUGCAUCCUCCUGCUUGAGGUACCUGAUGGCUGUACAGAACCACCUCCUCAGUAACACUAUUUUGAUUAAACCUGAUGAAAAUGAUGACAGUGACAGCUCCUUGCAGGGAGAGACAUUGAAGGUACAGGAACUAAAGACCAGCAUUUUGUCUCUGGCUACACAAAUUCUGACAGGAUGUGAUGAGGUCUUAGAAAUGCUGCAACAAGUCACUACAGCACUAAUAAACAGUGACAUUUCUGACAGGGAGCAAAGGUUAAAAGGGCUGGAGCAGAUUACAAAGGCUACAAUGCUUGGUCACUUGCUCCCUGUCCUGCUGACAUCUCUGAUGCACCCCAAUUUGCAGACCCUCACCAUGGCUGAUGCCCUGAUGCCUCAGCUGGUGCAGCUGGUUCUUUAUACCAGUCAGACUGCACUGCUGCUCAAAACCCAGUCUCCAGUUUUCUCAGAACUGAACAGUUCCCCCAGUUGUGCUUCAGAGCAGAAAGGGAAGCUCUUACCUGAUGAAAGAAUGCUGGAAGAGAAAGAAGAGCCAGGAUUCCUCACUGGGUUGAAGAUCCCUGCUCCGUGGGCUGCUGGGAAGACUGUAGAGACAGUUCAUCCCGUCAGGGAUAACUAUAAAUUUAAGGAAACUGUCCACAUUCCAGGAGCCCGCUGUUUGUAUCUUAGAUUUGACAACAGAUGCUCUUCCCAGUAUGAUUAUGAUAAGUCUAACAGUGUAUUUUAUGUUUUGAAGUUGGUGAUCUAUGCUGGUCCUAACACAAACAGUAGGAAGGUUGCUGAGUAUGGAGGCAAUACACUGGGAUAUGGCAGCCGUAGUGUCUUAGGAACUGGUUGGCCCAAGGACUUAGUAAAGGUGGAAGGGGACACAGUGACCUUCUCCUUCGAGAUGCGGAGCGGGCGGGAGCACAACACCCCCGACAAGGCCAUGUGGGGCUUUGCCUGCACGGUCCGAGCACAGGAAUCCUCAGAGGAUGUGUCAGGGGGUUUGCCCUUUCUGGUGGAUCUGGCCCUGGGCCUUUCUGUGCUGGCCUGUUCCAUGCUGAGGAUCUUGUACAACGGACCAGAAAUUACCAAAGAUGAAGAAACCUGUCAAGAGCUCUUAAGAUCUAAACUGUUACAAAGGUGCCAGUGGCAGGUGGAAGCCAAUGGUGUCAUAUCUCCAGCCCUUACUCCAAGUCCCUCUCCGUUGCCUCUUACUAUAGAUGAAGACAGAGAAUUCACAUAUCCCUCUGAUGUCCUUGUGCCUCCUGUUGGACACUACUUUGACCUGCCAAGGAUUAGGCUGCCUCCAGGAAUCAUGAUAAAGCUCAGGGAAAUUUCUGGACGUGCUCGGCCUCAAUUUAGACCCAGUAUAAAGGAAGUGAUCCAGCCAGAAGUGAUGGAGGAGAUGGUAGUUUCAUGUGUGAUUAAACAUUUGAACUUGGUGGAUGCUCUCCAGUCCCUGAUAAAUUUCCAAUAUCAGGAAGAACACGCUGAAGAAUAUGAUUUACUUUGUAAAAUCAUGGGAGAGACCUUUAAGAAACUAAAUGCCAUGGAAAGGCAAUUGCAGAGCGUGGCUGAGCUGGAGCAGAAGUGGCAGAACGAGGUAGAUGAUGCCAUGCAUGGGAAGCUGGAGAACAAUGUCCCAUUCUUUUAUGAUUAUCACUUCAACGAGAGCAAGAUGAAAGAACUGGAGCUUCUGUGCUCGAUGAAGGAAGUUUCUUUUGAUGGAAGUGAUCUGGAGAACGUGGUGCUGGCAUUAAGGGAGAAGUUCUUCCAAGAGGUGAAUUCCCUGAUACAGAAGACCUCUCAUCCCCUUGCAAAAACAAAAACCUUGGUGAAGAGCUUGAUGAACAGAGCAGAGCUGUUACUGCAUGUCACUAUUGCAGCACAGUCUGGUAUCACAAGGAGUAUCUCUGGGACCCCUGCAGAGACUCCAGCCUGUAAAUCAGCCUCUGAGACCAAAGUGAUCUCCCACGCCGUGCGCCAGCCCGUGUUCCUGCGCAGCAUGUCGGCCCCGUCCGACCUGGAGAUGAUUGGGAAUGAAGACAUCGAGUUUGCUCGAGCAAGUCAGAGGCGCCGGCACGUCACCAGCCACAGGAGCAGCUCCUUCACUCUACUCCAGUCCCUGGCCAUCGAGGACAGCAGGGACAAACCCACCUACAGUGUCUUACUGGGGCAGCUCUUUGCUUUCAUUGGAACCAACCCUGACCAAGCGGUGUCCAGCAGCAGUUUCCUGCUGGCUGCCCAGACCCGCUGGCGCCGCGGGAACACCAGGAAACAGGCGCUGGUGCACAUGAGGGAGCUGCUGACGGCGGCCGUUCGGGUCGGGGGGGUGACCCACCUCGUAGGCCCCGUGACCAUGGUGCUUCAGGGAGGACCAAGGAUUGAGGAGCUCACGUGUGGCGGGAUGGUGGAGCAAGUGCAGGAAGCCUUUGGGGAGACGAUGACGUCCGUGGUGUCCCUGUGUGCCCGUUACCCCAUCGCUUGUGCCAACAGCAUCGGCCUCCUGUGCACUAUUCCUUACACAAGGAGCGAGGAGAAGUGUUUGGUGCGGAGUGGGCUGGUCCAGCUCAUGGACAGGCUGUGCAGUCUGAGCAGCCAGACAGAAUCCAGCUCCAAUGAAAAGCAGACCAAGAAACAGAAGGUGGCCACCAUGGCUUGGGCUGCCUUCCAGGUGCUCGCCAACCGCUGUGUGGAGUGGGAGAAGGAGGAAGGUGGUUCCACAGAUGCUGUUCACUCAGGGCUGGCUCGUCAGGUCUCCAGCCUCCUCACCAACCACCUGGCACGAGCCACCGAGUGUUGUGGCAACCAGGCAGCAGGGAAUGAUGCCCUUCAGGAUGUCCUCAGCCUUCUUAAUGACCUGUCACGGAGUCACAUAGGUAAAGCCAUCCUGAGCCAGCCAGCCUGUGUGUCCAAGCUCCUGUCACUUCUCUUGGACCAACGUCCUUCUCCGAAGUUGGUCCUUAUAAUCCUCCAGCUGUGUCGUGCUGCUCUGCCCCUCAUGAGUGUUGAGGACUGUGGAAAUGUGGAGCUGCCUCCCUGGAGUUACUCGGUGCCCUCUCUGAACAGCGAGCAGGAUGAUCCCAGUGAUCCAGCCUCCAAGAUUGCCUCCCUGCUGCUGGCAAAGCUGGCAGAUUAUGUAGUACCAGGAUGCCAGACAGUUCUUUCUCCAACUGCCUCUGAACCAGAUACUACCUUGGCAAAAACCAGCCCUAAAAAUUCCAUAAAAGGUGAUAAAGACCCUGGAGAAGAAAGCGAGGCAGUGGAUGGUAAACUCUCUAUUUUUAUUCAUAAACGAGAAGAUCAGUCAUCCCAUGAAGUCCUUCAGCCAUUACUAAGUAGCUCAGAAGGUCGUCCAUUCCGACUGGGAACUGGAGCCAACAUGGAGAAAGUGGUGAAGAUGGAUCGAGACAUGACAAAAAGUGGCUGCUGUGAAGUUAUUACAGAAGAAGCUGCUGCAGCUCUUCGAAAGGCAACAAAGUGGGCACAGUCUGGGCUGAUAGUGAGUGUGGGACCACCCAUAGAGACUGUGAAUCCAGAAACCACGAGUGGGUUGUCCACUGGGGACAAAAAGAAGACAGCACAAACAUCCAUUUGCAGAGAGAGGAAUUCUGAGCUCGCCAGGACAGACCCCGUGAGGCCGUUCAUCAGCGGGCACGUUGCCAACAGCAUGGCAGCAGAGGUGAUCGCACUGCUGCACAGCCUGCUCAUGGCCCCAGAGUCCAAUGCAGCCCAGAUCUGGACCACAACUGCUGAGAAAGUUCUGUCUCGGGCUCUGAUGUACAUUCCACAACUUGGGAAAUAUGCAGAGAGCAUUUUGGAGAAUGGGAGCAGCAGUGGAAGGAAACUUGCUAAACUUCAAAGAAUUGCUCGGCAGGCAGUGGCUGCCCUGUGUGCUCUGGGGGGCUUUAAGGAGACAAUUAAAAUAGGUUCUGAAGUCCAGGUUUUAGGUAAAGGAAUAGCAGGAAGCAUUGGAGUUGUGGCAUCUAUUAAUGAACAAGAAGGUAUAGCUACGGUCAAAUUCCCACCUUCCAGUAUAGACAGUAGAAAGACCUCCCAAGCAGCAGACACAUUAACUAUUCCGUUAUCUAGGCUCUGUGUUCCAAGAUCUGAGGCAUUGCCUCUUCAUAAACUGUCCAUUACUGAGAAGGUAGUACAGGCAGUCCAGUCCAUGUUGCUCCCUCAGGAGGGAAGUCUAUCUAUUCACACCUCACUUCCUGCAACAGGAGAUGGCUCAACUCCAGUAAUGGCAGUGGUCCGGCUUCUUGCUGAAAUAAGAACCAGAGCAUGCCUGGUGAUGGCUCAGCUGUUGGAAGACAGCUCAUUCUGUGAAGAAUUCAUUCAACAGUGUCCAGCUGCUGUAGAAGUGCUGAAUUUGGUGGCCCAGGAGUGCAGCCCUGGGGAGAGGCUGCUGGUGGUGGAAAUGCAGUGUGAGAGGUUACGGAUGUUGUACCGGGACUGUGCUCGACCUCCCCCUCCUCCCCUCCAGGCAGACAGAAGGCAGCCCAAAGAAAUCACGUGGAGCCCCUCCAGAGUGUUUCCCCCAGUGAGGGCAUGUAUGUUCUCCUCACACCUGGCAGCUGUGACCUUCCUGGCUGAUCCCAGUGCAGGGGGGGGGCUCCCUCGGGGCACCUUCAUCUAUGCCACCUCACCAGUUCCAGUGCAGGCACCAUCAUUCUACUGGGAAAUUGAAGUAGUGUCCUAUGGAGAUACAGAUGAUGACACUGGACCAAUAGUUUCAUUUGGAUUUGCCACAGAAGCUGAAAAACGGGAUGGUGCUUGGACAAACCCUGUGGGCACCUGUCUCUUCCACAACAAUGGGCGAGCAGUGCAUUACAAUGGCUCCAGCCUGCUGCAGUGGAAGAGUGUCAGACUGGAUGUGACUCUCUCUCCUGGUGACGUAGCAGGAAUUGGAUGGGAAAGGACAGAAGGAACUCCCCCUCCUCCAGGGCAGCCAGCAAAGGGCAGAGUUUAUUUUACAUACUGUGGGCAGCGACUCGGGCCGUACCUGGAGGAUGUCUCUGGUGGAAUGUGGCCAGUUGUCCACAUUCAGAAAAAGAACACCAAGGUCCGGGCUAACUUCGGCUCCCGGCAGUUUGCCUUUGCCGAGGGCCAGGCCCACCGGAACGCUGCCGACCUGUGCAUCGACCUGGCCGAGGAGAUCAGUGCCAACUUCGAGGCCCUGCCCUUUGCCAUGGCCUCUGACAGUGACAAUGACGCCGGCACCAGCAUCGCCUCCGACCCCGGCACCCACGGGCCCCCCUGCAGGAUCGCAGCCGUGGCCACGGCCCAACAACAAUAUGACAGUGACACAUCUUGCCACUAUAAAAUGGAGCUGAGCUAUGAGAACUUUAUCACCUCAGGUCCUGAUCCUCACCCCCCUCCAAUUGCAGAUGAUGAAAGCGAUGAUGAUGAUGACGACGAUAUUCCCCGGGAGGACCACUAUGCCCUCUUGGUUAAAGCCUGGGAAACUAAAGUUUUCCCUACAAUUCGAAGAAGGUUCCGUAAUGAGGCUGAGAGGAAAUCUGGGCUGGAUCAGAUUAAAGGAGCUCUCCAGUUAGGAAUGGUUGAUAUAGCCCGGCAAACUGUGGAAUUCCUCUAUGAGGAAAACGGGGGCAUCCCAAGAGACUUGUACCUUCCCACCAUCGAGGACAUCAAAGAUGAGGCAAACAAGUUCACAAUUGAUAAAGUACGGAAAGGUCUCACAGUGGUGACUCGCUCUCCUGACAGCAACAAUGUCACCAGCAGUGCUGUGGGAACAGCUUUACCCAAGUUUGCUAUUCGGGGGAUGCUGAAGACAUUUGGUCUUCACGGUGUUGUUCUGGAUGUUGAUUCGGUGAAUGAACUGGUACAAGUAGAGACCUAUCUCCGAAGUGAGGGAGUUCUGGUGAGGUACUGGUAUCCCAUUGACAUGCUGGAAAGGCCACCUGCAGGAUACAGGAGGACUGCAACCAAUGGAUUGGUUACCCUGGAUAACACCAACAUACAAAUUCACAGAGAACUGUUGAGGAGUGAAGCUGCCCUGGCCAAGCUCUACUGUCGGAUGGCUCUGCUCAACAUUUUUGCCCCCAAAUCUCCCCACAUGUUUACUCGGCUCUUCCACAUUCCUGCCAUCCGGGAUAUCACCCUGGAGCACCUGCAGCUGCUCUCCAACCAGCUUCUUGCACCACCUCUUCCUGAUGGAACAAUCAGUUCAAGCUCUAUCCUUCUGGCCCAGUCCUUGCAACACUGCAUCCAUUCCCAGACCUGUGCUGCCACAGACCUCUUCUACCAGGGCAAUUCCCAGGCCAUCAGGGAGUGGCUCACCGUGGCCAUUACUCGGACGCUGCACCAAGGAGAGGAGAGUCUGUUGGACCUCACGAAACAGAUCUGCUCCUUUUUGCAGGCAGCGCCAGAACAGUUUCCUGCUGAAGAAUUCCCAAUUUCAGAAUCCAAAGUCAACAUGGAUGUUAACUUCCCUGGGGCUGCAUUUGUGAUUGUGUCCUGUAAGGAAAGUCAGUCUGGAUUCCGCAAAGAUUCAUCCCUGUACAAAGCCCCCUGGGCUCGGGUGCUGGUGUAUGGGCUGGGGCACAAAGUGAAGAGGAAUGGGCAGCUGAACCUCAUCGAGGCCGUGUGUUACCCCCGGGAUGCCUCCCCGACCAACACCGGCCUCACACCACCCCCCACCACCAACCAGUACCCAGCUGUCAUCACCCCCACAGACAAGGUGCACAUCAAACUAGGAGUGUCUCCUCCUCCUGGAGCUGUGUUGGUCUUGCAUUCCCUUCCCCUGGAAUUCCCCCUGGCAAUGGCAUUCACAGAACAGCUCUUAACUUGGAAAUUAGAAGAUGGGGAUGGAAAAUCAGAAGAUGAACUGGACACUAUUCCUGCUUCAGUUCUCUUGCAAGUAGUGGAAUUCUUAGGGAACUUCCUCUGGACCACUGAUAUGGCAGCGUGUGUGAAGGAAUUAAUAUUUCACCUCCUGGCUGAGUUGCUUCGCAAAAUCCACAACCUGGAGCAGAAGAAGAAUCCAGCAGGAUUGUCGUCCUCCAUUGCCCUGCAGCUCAACCCCUGCCUGGCCAUGCUCAUGGCCCUGCAGUCAGAGCUUCACAAGCUGUAUGAUGAGGAAACCCAGAACUGGGUGUCUGGGAAUGCCUGUGGUGGUUCUGGGGUUGGAGUGGCUGACCAGGGAAGGUUCUCCACGUACUUCCAUGCCCUGAUGGAAGUUUGCCUCGCUGUGGCAGAAGUAACCUUGCCCAUCAACAUGAGUGUCACAGCCAAUGUGAUAUCGUCCACAAGUGCCCCAAAUCUCAGUGACUCUUCAUCCUCAUCUUCAUCCUCUCCGGGACAGACACCACAGAGUCCAAGCUUGCUGUCAAAGCGGAAAAAGGUCAAAAUGAAGCGGGAAAAGACGUCGUCCUCAGGGAAAAGGGCUUCGUCCAGAGCAGCCGAGACGGACGCCGCGCUCCUCAGCAUCGGAGGGAGCAAGCCUGAGGACAUGCUGUGGUUCCACAGAGCACUGACUCUGCUCAUAAUCCUCAGGCACCUGACCAAAAAGGAUCCCCAGGGGCUGGGAGUGACAAACGAUGCGGUGGCAGACGCCUGCCAGGCCCUGGUGGGUCCCACGGCCCACAGCCGCCUGCUCGUCAUCUCAGGGAUCCCCACCCACCUGGAGGAGGGCACGGUCAGGAGUGCCAUCAGAAAGGCCUGCAAUGCCCACGGGGGGGUCUUCAAAGAUGAGAUCUACAUCCCUUUGCAGGAAGAGGAUCCAAAAAAAAUCAAGGACAAAGCAGAAGGAGGCGAAUGCAGAACUGAACUGGAGAAACCAACUGUUUCCAGCAGCGCAGACAGUCUGGACAUCAGCAGCUCCAGCAGUGUCACCCCUGCCAUGAGCGUCAGUGCCUCGGCAUCCACCAGCCAGGCUUCCCUCUGCAGCUCCCAGGGGAUAUCCCGCACCGUCAGCGACAUCUCCGUGGACCAGUUCCAAGCAGGACUGGAACUGGCCAUCCCACCUGGAUUGCUGGAACAACCACAUGUUGUUUCCAGCCAGGAGAGUUUGGAUCUCUCCCACUGCAGCACUGGGAGCCUGGGCAGCCUUGGCAGCCUUGGGGAACCCCUCGACAAUGUGGAAACGGCAUCGGUGUCGGACGUGGGGUCCAUGUACACGGUCACAUCCCUGGACAACCAGCCCCUGCUGUCACGGCCCAUCAAGGGCUUUGCUGUGGUGGAGAUAAGGUCAAGAGCUAAAAUAGAGAAAAUCCGAGCCAGCCUGUUCAACAGCAGUGACCUCAUUGGCCUGUCCAGCCUGGAUGGUGAAGAUGAGCUGAUGGAGAUGUCAACUGAGGAGAUUUUAACUGUUUCUACUGUAAACCAGAGUUUAUUUGACACCCAAGGGAGCCCAGCACUAGAAGAUUAUUUCAAUGAUAAAUCAAUAAAAGGUGAGAAAUUGGUCCCAGGUGCUCGAGAAGUCCUCACAGAAAUCUUUAAAAGCUGUGUCCAUUCUGAGCAAAUGCUGAGCCUGACCCCAGCCAAGCCCAUCAAGGUGUCUGACAUCUACCUCAGCAAGGAGCAGAUCAACUCCCAGACUCCUGGGAACCUCCUACACGUGUUCUUCACCAACGUCCGCCCUCCCAAGAAGGUGCUCGAGGAUCAGCUCACCCAGAUUUUAAGGAAGUAUGGGGUGCCCAAGCCCAAAUUUGACAAGAGCAAGUACAACAAGGCGGGCAAGGAGCAGCACCCGGUGAAGGUGGUGAGCACCAAGCGCCCGGUCACCAAACCCCCUACCAAGGAGAAGUCCAUGCUCAACAGUGUCAGCCGAACAGCCUUAAGUGAGAAGAAACCUACUGUAAAGCCAAAAUCUCCUGAGAAGAGUAAACCUGAAGAGAAGGACCCCGAAAAGUCUCCCACAAAGAAACAGGAAGUUCCUGAGGAGAAGUAUCUGACCCUGGAUGGAUUCCACAGAUUUGUGGUGGACCGCUCCAGCAGGACAUCCGCAGUGUGUGGAGAGCAUCCUCUCCUGUGGGUAUGACCUGCACUUUGAAAGGUGUGCCUGCAUCGAUGCCAGACAUGCCCAGAAAGCGUCCCGUAAGUGGACCCUGGAGAUGGAUGUGGCCCUUGUCCAGUACAUCAACAGGCUGUGCCGUCACCUGGCCAUCACUCCAGCACGGCUCCAUCCCCACGAGGUGUAUCUGGAUCCAGCUGAUGCAGCAGAUCCCAGGAUUGCCUGCUUGUUGAAUGUUCCCGUGUAGAGCCUGCGCCUGCGCUUUGCUCUGCUCCAGGCCCUCAACACGACGCUGGAAACGUCUUCCUGCCGCUGGUGGAGCUGCGCCAGACGGACUGUACGGGAAACAGCAUCGCUGCCCUGCUGCAGGAGGCC